AGCGGAAACGCAAGCCAGAGGAGACGCGACGAGAUAACAUAAUAGUAGAUUCCGAAAAGAUUUCAAACUCAAAACCGAGCACCGAAGUGGGGGUGUCGGGGGGAGGCAGAGGCAUAAGCGGGAGAGCGAUAAAUCGGAGAGGGCCGUUGGGAGCAGGCGGCUAUCGCGGCCGCCGCCUCCCCGAUCCGGAGCCCCACCCCCGGGUCGCCCCCAGAUUCGCACGACUUGGGGGCCUCGCCACCAGAUCGGGAGGAAAAUCGAGUUGCAGGUGAAGGGGCAAGUUUUCUGCAGCUUAAAUAACUAGAGUUUGAUAUAUGGCUUACAUGAAUUCUGAUCAAAUUCUUGAGGUUCCUGACACUCCUGACCGAAUACAACAGUCAACAUGCCCUGUAUCCAGCUCUGUUGUUAGGAGGGAUGUUACAAUGGCAGCUGCUAAUCCAAUACCAUGUCGCAGAAUUAGAUUUAAAACCAGUAAUAAUUCCUUGCAUGGUUCCUCAAUCCAAGAUAAUGCUUGCAGUGUACUGCCUGCACCUUCGGAUACAGACCAUAUUUUCAAACAAGCUGACGUGGCACGGAUUCUGGCACUACCAGAAGAUCUUCAGGCAAAUAUUUCCUUACAGAAAUCUGACAGGAGUGAAAUAUCUGUUGAGAACGGAAAGAGGGCUGAAAAACGUGGCUUGGAUCAAAGCAGCAGCAUUUCCGACCACAUCAGUUGUAGUGUGACUGGAGGAAGGAGCCCUGGCUGCCGAGUUAGAGAUGGGGACGUUAGUGACCAAGAUGCAAAUCAUCGGAAUGUGAGCUUUCUUGGUGCAGGAUCAGGUCUUCCUACCAUCCCAGUAGGCAAACCACGAAACAGAACCUGUACUAUUACCACCAAUAGGCUGAAGGGUGUAGCAGGUGCUGAUAUUUGUCAAGGGUCAAGUUCUGCGGAGGUGAAAGGUGAAAUGGUCACUAACAAGGCCAUCGCAGGACCUUCAAGCCCUCCAUGUGGUGUUCCUCAAAGGCAUGUGGGUCAAAAAAAACUGGUCCGUAAUGGAUGCAUUUCUCCAUCUAACAUAGCCAAAAGAAGUGUAAAAGCUGAUGAAAAGCAGGAAAUGUGCUAUCCAAGCAAACAUUUGCACCAUCCACAUCCUCAGCUUGAUGCAUUUGACAGAAGCAAUGUGAUCGAUCUCACUGAUAAUUCACCAAUAAUGACAAGGCAGAGAUAUGCAAUGAAGGACAAAUUGACCUCUGGAUGCAAUUUGGACACAAGGACAGCAAAAAAGUUGAGAACAGAUAGAGCUGGGAAGACUUUGAUUCCACAGUGUGCACAUCAUGCCAACAGCAGCAAUUGUUCUGGAAUCGGUUUAUCAGGCCGCAACAAAGGAAAAGAAAUUAGCGACAGCGAUCCAAUUGGAGAGGCUAAUUUGAGGAGGAUUUCUCUAACUGCUGCUGGAAGUUCUGUUGUAAAUAACAACAGUUCUAAUAUGGAUGCAGAGCAAGGUUGGAGAACAACACGUAACCACACUAGUAAAUUACCCAUUUCAUUGAUGGGUAAGCUGACUUGUAGUUCUCAACGAGAAUCUGAAUCUUCUGCACCAUCUAGUCAGGAUCACGGAUCUGGAGCAACCAUAGUUGCUUCUGAUAGGAUGGGAACUAAAACAAUAAUGAUUGGUAGAGGAAGGAGAAAACAUGCCUCAACUUCUUCCCAUCCUGGUGAAAGCUCUAGUGCUCAUGAUGGACCUGGAGCUUCUUUUGUUUCACCACCAAAAGCCGGAAGAAAUCAUACCAGUCAUCGACAUGAUAUUCCUGUAGUAACCAUUGAUGAUAUGACCCCUGAAGCAAGAUCUAGUUUGAGUGGAUAUAGUAAUGGAACCUCUGUUGAUCCUACUAUACAAGCACAAUUAGAGUCAGAUGAGUUACUGGCUCGCCAGCUUCAGGAGCAACUUUACAAUGAAUCUCCUCGUUUCGCAUCUACAGAAGAGAUGGAUGCAAUCGUAGCAAUGUCACUUCAACAUGAGGAGGAUACACAUCAGACAUCUAGUCCUGUAAGGCGGUUCCCAAACAAUAAUAGAGGUGCCCGGGCUUCCCGUUCAAGUUCUUAUCGAAAUGCUCUUAGGGCUGAAUUGGCGACAUCGAAUAUGAUUUCCCGUUUGCAGAAUAGGGCUUCAAUAACUUCAGGAUUGAGAGCUGUUUUAGGAAGAUAUCCUGGUGCUGCAGGAAGAUAUCCUGGUGCUGUGCGCAUUCAACCUAACAUUGAUUUAAAUGACUAUGACGCACUACUUGCACUGGAUGAAAAUAACCACCAGCACACUGGUGCUUCAGAAAGCCAGAUCAACAAUUUGCCGCAGUCAGUAGUUCAGUCGAAUAGCAUCGAAGAGCCAUGUGCUGUCUGCCUAGACAAUCCCUCUGUGGGAGAUACCAUUCGCCAUCUUCCAUGCUUUCACAAGUUCCAUAAAGAGUGUAUCGACGAGUGGCUGAGACGAAAGAAACUCUGCCCAAUCUGCAAGUCUGGGAUCAGAUGAAGCGGGCCACCAAAUCUGCAGCUCCAGUUUUAUGUUGGUUGUGGUAGCGACGAGAGGCUGCAGUUUCUUGUACCGGCUGCUUCUGUGCCAAUUCCUGCAGUGCGUCUUAGCCUCUGGUGUAUCGUUAAAGUUGCGGGCUUAAUUGCAUCGUUUUGUCGCCGUACCCCUUGCAAUUUUUCCUGCUAUAUUGACUCACUGAUUGGCAUAAUGGAUGAAGUCAACCACCCCCUUUCCCGAUAUGAUAUUGUUGCAUGAUUUUCUUUA